CUCGGCCAUUGCACGUCGCAUUUGACCGGAUGAAUAUUAAAAAUGCAAUUGGUGAACCUCCUGUGGAUAGGUCUGCUGACGUUUCCGCAGGCAUUCGCCUUGGAUGCAUGUGCAGGACAAAAAUUUGGAUAUAAAGCCGUCGAUCCAGCAGAUCCUCAUGCAUACUACUUAUGCUUCGGCUUACUGGGAAAAAUAAGAAACAAUUGCGCUGAAGGCUUUAGAUUUAAUGUGAAAUCACAGAACUGUGCACAAGUCCCGCAGUCAAGCAUUCAACUCAAAAAUGCAGGCAGUGGCGUUCGAAAUGAGUUCAACAUCAAUCAAAACAUAACCAUGGACAGGCCGAUUAUAUUUAACAUCUUUGGUGGUCUGUGGAAUAAGCCACCAAUACCACCUUUCUUUCCGCCAAAACCCACUUUCCGCCCACCUACGCCACCGACAAUUGACGUCUCAUCGACUGAAAGCUCAAGCUCCAGCUCCGAGACCUUAUCUACGGAGAGUACAAGUUCCAGUUCGGUAGCCUCAUCUACGGAAAGCUCAAGCUCUAGCUCUGAGGCCUCAUCAACUGCGAGCUCAAGUUCCAGCUCUGAGGCCUCAUCUACGGAAAGCUCAAGUUCCAGCUCUGAAGCCUCAUCUACUGAGAGUUCAAGCUCCAGCUCUGAAGCCUCAUCAACUGCGAGCUCAAGUUCCAGCUCUGAGGCCUCUUCUACUGAAAGCUCAAGCUCCAGUUCUGAAGCCUCAUCUACUGAGAGUUCAAGUUCCAGCUCUGAAGCCUCAUCUACUGACAGCUCAAGUUCCAGCUCUGAAGCCUCAUCUACUGAGAGUUCAAGCUCCAGCUCUGAAGCCUCAACUACUGAGAGUUCAAGUUCUAGCUCUGAGGCCUCAUCUACUGAGAGCUCAAGUUCCAGCUCUGAGGCCUCAUCUACUGAGAGUUCAAGCUCCAGUUCUGAAGCCUCAUCUACUGACAGCUCAAGUUCCAGCUCUGAAGCCUCUUCUACUGAAAGCUCAAGUUCUAGCUCUGAGGCCUCAUCUACUGAGAGUUCAAGUUCCAGCUCUGAAGCCUCAUCUACUGACAGCUCAAGUUCCAGCUCUGAAGCCUCUUCUACUGAAAGCUCAAGCUCUAGCUCUGAGGCCUCAUCUACUGAGAGUUCAAGUUCCAGCUCUGAAGCCUCAUCUACUGAGAGUUCAAGCUCCAGCUCUGAAGCCUCAUCUACGGAGAGUUCAAGUUCCAGCUCUGAAGCCUCAUCUACUGAGAGUUCAAGUUCCAGCUCUGAAGCCUCAUCUACUGAAAGUUCAAGUUCUAGCUCUGAGGAUUCAUCUACUGAGAGUUCAAGCUCCAGCUCAGAGGCAUCAUCUACUGAGAGUUCAAGCUCAAGCUCUGAAGCCUCAUCCACUGAGAGCUCAAGUUCCAGUUCUGAAGCCUCAUCUACUGAAAGUUCCAGUUCUAGCUCUGAGGAUUCAUCUACUGAGAGCUCAAGCUCCAGCUCUGAGUCAUCAUCUACUGAGAGUUCAAGCUCAAGCUCUGAAGCCUCAUCUACUGACAACACUGAGGAUACGACUGAGAGCUCAACUUCAAAUUCUGAGAACUCAACUACUGACACCACAGAUUCUACUUCCGAGGACUCGACUCAGAGUUCCAGUUCCCGCUCUGAUAACUCAUUCACUGACAGCUCAAGUUCCAGUUCUGAGGCAAUAUCUACUGACAGCUCCAUCUCUAGUUCCCCUGAGAGUUCUACUUCAGAAGAUGCUGAUCCAUCAGAAAGUUCUGUGGACAGCCUAAUUACUAGCUCUGAAGAAUCAUCUACUUCAGAAGAAACUGAUCCGGCAGAGAGUUCUACCGAGGCAUUACCAACUUCUUCAGAAGGAACUGAGACCGAGGAUACCAGCUCCGAAGAUCCAUUAUCUACCUCAGAAAAUCCGUUUGAUGAAACCACUGAAAGUGAAGACAUAAAUUCAUCAACUAGUGAAACCCCACUUCUGUCGAAGCCCAUACGAGCUGAUGUGGGAAAGCUUGGUAAGAAAUUGGACAAUAUUUUAUGGAUUCCAACAGAGGUAGAAGCAGCCGAUUCCGUUUCAGAGUUUGACAAAAGCGCGCCUUGUGCCCUUCUCCCAAGUGGAGCAUAUCUAAGGGAUCCAACGUCUUGUGCCAACUUUUAUGUCUGUGCUAAUGGGCGCGCUAUUCUGCGAAAGUGUCCGAGAAAUUUGUACUUUGAUAUUGAAAGUAAGGUGUGCAACUUGCCCAACCUUGUAGAUUGCUCUCAGCAACAAGAAUCCAUAUCCAUUCCAAAACUAUUGACAUACAGCUUUGGCAAUACUGUUGGCAGUAGCAUAGGCACAACACAAUCAGAUGAAGAUGUCAUAGAAGAUAGUUACCUAGCUGAUAAUGAAUUGUCGACAUCUUUUGAUAGCUCAGCUCUAACCACCGAAGAUCUGGACGAUGACUUAGAAGAAGACUCAGAAACUUCAGAGUCACCAACGUUAGAGUACACAGAAGAGGAUAUCUUCGACUUUGAUGUAUUCGACACCAAUGAUUGGGAAGACACUACUUAUUUUGACGAAGAAUCCAUUUGCAGCUCGCAGCCCAAUGGUGUACAUCUGAGACAUCCAAACUCAUGCAGUAAGUUCUACAUAUGUGCAAGUGGACGUGCUGUUUUGCGAAGUUGCCCAUCCAGCCUGUAUUUUGAUAUAAAGAAAAGAGUUUGCAAUUUCCCUGCUGCUGUUGACUGCAGUAUUAACGAAGACGAAAGUGUAAAUGACGGAAAUCCAUCCCUGCUGACCGAUAAACAGCCCAAAUACUUAUCAAAUACACUUAGAAGAGCAAAGUCUCCCAAAACACAUAAAAUUGACAGUGUUACAUCAGGCAGCAGCUCUCUUCAAGGCUCUGCAACAAAGAUGGAGCAAACCAAGUUAUCUGCACCUGAGAUUCUAAAAACUAACAAUGCGGCACUAUCCUCAGCGAAAUCUGAUAUCUCAUCUUCCCAGAACGCAAAUUCGCCAAAAGAGCAAGGCAAUCUUAAUAACGAUCUUAUACAUAAAGGAUCGGUAUCUUCAACGAAUAAAGUUAUCUCAAAGGACACAUCAGAUGUAAAGCAAAGUCUAAGCAAACUUUCUGUAUCUGAGAGCAUCAAAUCUAAGGAUACGCCACUACCUUCACCAGGAACGUAUCUCCCCAAGGAUCAAAAUAAAUUCGAUAACGAUCUGACGCCUAAAACAGCAGUAUCAUCAUCAACGAAGACCGUUAUCGCAAAAGACACAUCAGACGUAACGCAAGUACAAAGCAAACUGUCUGUAUCUGAGAGCCUCAAAUCUAAGGAAACGUCACUACCUUCACCAAUAAUUCUCUCUAAGGAUCAAGGGAAACCAUAUGUAGCUCAGAAUCUGAAAGCUGAUCUACCAAAGGAGCAAGGUAAACAAGAUAAGGAUCUGAUAUCUAAGGCAGCGGUAUUAUUAUCAACAAAGACCGUUACCCCAAAAGAAACAUCAGAAGUAAAGCAAGUGCAAAGCAAACUGUCUACAUCUGAGAACAUCAAAUCCAAAGAAACGCCACUACCUUCACCAAUAUUGAAUCAAUCCAAGAAUCAAGGAAAGCCAUAUGUAGCUCAGAAUCUGAAAAGUGAUCUAUCAAAGGAUCAAGGUAAACCGAAUAAAGAUCUUAUAUCUAAGGCAGCGGUAUCAUCAUCAACGAAAACAGUUAUCUCAAAGGACACAUCAGAGGUAAAGCAAGUGCAAAGCAAACUGUCUACGUCUGAGAACAUCAAAUCCAAAGAAACGCCACUACCUUCACCAAUAUUUAAUCAAUCCAAGAAUCAAGGAAAGCUAUAUGUAGCUCAGAAUCUGAAAGGAGAUCUAUCUAAGGAUCAGAGUAAACCAAAUAAGGAUCUGAUAUCUAAGGCAGCGGUAUCAUCAUCAACCAAAACAGUUAUCUCAAAGGAAACGUCAGAGGUAAACCAAGUGCAAAGCAAACUGUCUGUAUCUGAGGACAUCAAAUCUAAGGAAAUGCCACUGCCUUUACCCGUAACGCUCUCCAAAGAUCAAGGAAAACCAUAUGUAGCUCAGAAUCUGAAAGGAGAUCUAUCUAAGGAUCAGAGUAAACCAAAUAAGGAUCUGAUAUCUAAGGCAGCGGUAUCAUCAUCAACCAAAACAAUUAUCUCAAAGGACACAUCAGAGGUAAACCAAGUGCAAAGCAAACUGUCUGUAUCUGAGGACAUCAAAUCUAAGGAAAUGCCACUGCCUUUACCAGUAACGCUCUCCAAAGAUCAAGGAAAACCAUAUGUAGCUCAGAAUCUGAAAACUGAUCUAUUAAAGGAUCAGGGUAAACUGAAUAAAGAUCUGAUAUCUAAGGCAGCGGUAUCAUCAUCAACGAAAACAGUUAUCUCAAAGGAAACAUCAGAAGUAAAGCAAGUGCAAAACAAACUGUCUACAUCUGAGAACAUCAAAUCCAAAGAAACGCCACUACCUUCACCAAUAUUGAAUCAAUCCAAGAAUCAAGGAAAGCCAUAUGUAGCUCAGAAUCUGAAAACAGAUCAAUCAAAGGAUCAGAGCAAACCAAAUAAGGAUUUGAUAUCUAAGGCAGCGGUUUCAUCAUCAACGAAAACAAUUAUCUCAAAGGACACAUCAGAAGUAAAGCAAGUGCAAAGCAAACUGUCUGUAUCUGAGAACAUCAAAUCUAAGGAAAUGCCAAUGCCUUCACCAGUAAUGCUCUCCAAAGAUCAAGGAAAACCAUAUGUAGCUCAGAAUCUGAAAACUGUACUAUCAAAAGAUCAGGGUAAGCUAAAUAAGGCUCUGAUAUCUAAGGCAACGGUAGCAUCUUCAACAAAAAUUAUCGCAUCGGACACCCCAGAAGUAAAAAAUGAGCAAAGCAAACUUUCUUUAUCCGAGAGCCUCAAAUCUAAGGAAACUCCACUACCUUCACCAGGAACGUAUCUCUCCAAGGAUCAAAAUAAACUCGACAAAGAUCUGACAUCUAAAACAACAUCAUCAUCAACGAAGACCGUUAUCGCAAAAGACACAUCACAAGUAAAGCAAGAGCAAAGCAAAUUGUCUGUAUCUGAGAGCCUCAAGUCUAAGGAAACGCCUCUACCUUCAUCAAUAUUGAUUCAAUCCAAGGAUCAAGGCAAACCAAAUAUAGCUCAGAGUCUGAAAGCAGAUUUAUCAAAAGAUCAGAGUAAGCUAAAUAAGGCUCUGAUAUCUAAGGCAGCGGUAGUAUCUUCAACGAAAAUUAUCGCAAAGGACACUUCUGAAGUAAAGCAAGCUCAAAGCAAAUUGACUGAUAGUCUCAAAUCAAAGGAAACAGUACCAGCUUCAUUGAAGACGGAUCUUUCCAAGAUUCAAGACAGCCCUGAGAAAAUAGAAUCUAACAAUGCGAUAUUGCCUCCACCGAAUUCAGAUAUUUCAAAAAAUAAUACAUCAGGAGUCAUUCAAAAGAUUUCCGAAUCUAAGCAAGGACAAAACCAAUUGUUAGGGCCUAAGGAAUCAAAGGAUCAAAUGAGUACAUCUGUAGUUGAGAGCCUGAACUCUAAUGAAAUGGAAUUGCCCUUGAUGAAAUCAGUUCUUACAAAAGAUGUAUCCAAAUCAAAGGAAGAGCUAUCUAAAGUUGGUAGUGCAAAGUCUAGCGAAACGGUUUUACUUGCAACGAAGACAGUUACUUCAAAUAAGAACUCUAUACCACAGCAAGGUAAGGAACCUAUGCCGAAAUCUGAUCUGACGGAUAGUAAGUCUGCUGUAAAGCACGACCCAACAAAGCCAUCUCUUGCUGAAAGUCUGAAGUCUAGCGACGCAGUCCUGUCAAAUGAGAGAUCGAGUCAAAAUCUAGAGCAAAGGAAACUACCUGUAUCUGAGAAUCUAAAAUCUAAGCAAACGUAUUCACCAUCUACAAAAUCGGAUCUCUCAAAGGAGCAAAUCAAACCGGGUAAAAUUGUGGGUGUGAAAUCUAACAAGACGGUAAUACCCUCAGAGAAAUCAAACCUCUUCAAGAACACGCCAAAACCAGAGGACAAACAUUUCAAGCCAACUGUAGUUGAGAAUCUGAAGCAUAAGGAGAAGCAAUUAUCUUCAACGAAGUCGGAUCCUCCGAAGAAGCAAGGGCAAAGCAAACCAUCUGUAGUUGAAAAUCCCAAGGCUCAGGAGAUGAGUUUAGCCCAAUCGAAAGCAGAUCUCUCGAAGACUACGUUAAAAGCAGAGCAAAACAAAACCAAACCAACUGCGGGACUAAAAUCUAAGGAAACAGUAGUGCCAGCCACAAUUGUUGAUCUCUCUAAAGAAGCAUCACAACUAAAGAUGGUACAAACCCAACCAGCUGUAGGCUCGAAUCUGAAAUCCAACGGAAAGGUAUUAUACUCAACGAAAACGGAUCACUCGAAGGAACAUGACAUUCCCUCUGCAGCUGAGGCUCUGAAGUACAUUGAACACCUUAUAUCUUCCACACAAUUUGAUCUAUCAAAGAACGCAUCGGCUUUAAAGAACCUACAGAUUGUGUCCAAGGCAGAAAACAUAAUUGUGCCUUUGGAAGACGCGAUUGACUCGAAAUGCAGUUCUUUACCCAAUGGUGCUUUUAUAAGAGAUCCAAAUCUCUGCGCUAAGUUUUAUGUGUGCUCUAAUGGGCGUGCCAUACCUCAUAGCUGCCCGAAUGUUCUCUUUUUCGACAUAAAAAAGAAGGUCUGCAAUUUCCCCAGCCUAGUGGACUGUACAAGCAGUGAGGAGGAUUAUAGUACAGCUCCACAAAGUCCUUUGAGCCUGACCGAUGAUUCUCCAUCCGAACCGGAUGAUUCGCCAGCUCCAGAUUGUAGUUUAUUCCCAAAUGGCGAAUAUGUUAGGCAUCCAAGAUCAUGUAGCAAAUUUUAUGUCUGCGCCAACGGAAAGGCCAUUCCUAGACAGUGCCCUAAAGGUCUCUACAUAGACACUGAGAUAAAAUAUUGCAAUUAUCCCAGUCGUGUGAGAUGCACAAUCGAGGUUGCACCCAGCCCAAGUAUUUCAGUUAUUACAGGCACAGAGGUCAACUGUAUCAAUAAGAGAGAUGGAACCACUAUGCGGGACUCGGAGCUCCACAAUAAGUAUUACGUUUGCCGAAACGGUACCCCAGUUACCCAUUUCUGUGACCCAGGGAAAUGGUUUGACCUUAAUCGAGGGGUCUGCGACCAGAAGCAGUUGGUCGACCACGACCCAUUAGUGCCCUGGCUCUAAUUUCUUUAAUGAAAUAACAGAAUGUAUAACUAUAAAUGUAUAUAAAAGGUGUAGGGUUUUGCUAUAUGGAUAUGUAUAGGCUGCGAUAUAGUUAUGUAAGCAUAUAUAUUAUAUAUAUUAUAUUUGGCUAGGCUGUUAUAUAUAAACAUAUAUAUCAAAAAAUCGAAAGAGUAAUUCAGCUUUCGCAUUAUAUUGCAAGGUAAUAAAUCAUAUUCUAACAUGA